UCAGAAGGGGAAUAAUUUCUGGGGCAUCAGCUGCUCAUGGAGAAGCGAAUGUCAGUCCACAACCCGAACAAGACCGGAGGCCCACCCAUUCUUCACUGUAAAGUUUCCGGAUGAGGAAAACAUGGUUGCCGUUGUGCCAAGUAACUGGAUGGCCGGCGAUGACAGGUGCUACUGGCCACCAUCCAAAGACGAGAAAAAAGCCAGCUUGUAUAUACGCAAACGGAAAACCCCCACGUAUGGCUGGCAGAACUUACCCUGCAUCAAGGUGGCUGAAUAUGAAACAUACAGCGAAGCAAGGGAGAUGCUCCCUCUAGCGGAGAAGACAUCCGAUCUGAAUGCAGAAGACGAAUAUGGGCGGGGCAAGCGAAAGUGGAUUAUCGUGUCGAACAGCGACGACUCCUCUCCACCAGCGUCUCCCCUAAUGCGCAAAGCAAAACGGCCUGUCAAGAAUCGUUCUUUCAGCCAGCCAACUGCACACACCCUGGACGAUGACACCAUCUUUGUAGGUUCGAACAUAGAGCGCUCGUUCCGUCAUUCAGCUUCGGAUUAUGCGCCUUCAGCAACUGAAAGACAUUUCGGCUCAUUCCGUCAUUCGGCUUCGGAUUGUGCGCCUUCAGUGCCAUGGCCUUCAGCAACUGAAAGACAUCUCGAGUCGUUCCAUCAUUCAGCUUCGGAUUAUGCACAUUCAGUGCCAUCGGUUUCAGUGCCAUCGCCUUCAGCAACUGAAACACAUCUCGCACUACCAUCAAGAACCAGCUAUUGGCCAGGCAACUGUUAUGAGACAUCAGCACCCUUACUUCAGCGGAACACUCAGCAGACUCGUCAUAACGAAGAAGGGAUCGAACCAAGCAUUACUACAGCUGAGGGGCAACAGAAACAGUCAAAGAAGCCUGUCAAUUUGGCAAGCAUACAGCUCAACAGUGCACUUGAGAAGAAAGUCCUACGUUCCCUCAACUUAAUACAACUCCGCCUCUCAGAGCACUCUGAGCAACUCGAUUCAAUCUCUACAUCUCUGCAGCAGCGAGAGGAGUCUUCAGAAGGGCGUGUGGUCAUACGACAGUUUCCCGACUUGGAAAGUUUUGUCAACUUCAGUGAGGAACUCAAACAGUCACCAGAAAAAAAAAAUCGGAAAUACAUGGCUUCACUGGAAGGCAACAACCUAGGGGACAGAGUUCGAAGAAUUCUUUACCACCUGAUCCCCGAUGAGGUAUCCGUAUGCUUCAACUGGACAGGAACAGGAGGAAAACGCAAAUUCAAGACCCUUGAAUUCACAAAUGUCAUGCUGGAGUUUACUGUCACACAGAGGUACUUGACAUCUAUGGAGACCAAAGCAGGGGUCAGUGUUGGCAUUCCACUCCAGAAUCCCAAUACGUUAGAGGGCUGUUCCAGCACACAGAUGGGGCCAUACCACGGCCUGGUGGCCUUAUCCGGUUGGCACACCUACGCUGUAACGGAAGCCGACCCAGUGCGAGCAAACUCCGUUCAUCUCGUGCAUAAACUGAGUUAA